AUGACCAACCUGGAAGCGCUGAUCACCGACAUCGAGCUCUGCAGCAAGGCUGAUGGCUGCAGCACGGUCACGUUUCCCACCCUCAAGAAGCUUUCUGUCAAUGAUGUCGUUACUAUUUGGAACACUGUGUCUAAGCACGUUCGGCAACAGCUCCUGCAGAGAAAGCCUCAAGCUGUCAGCAUAACAGGACUGGGGACAUUUCAUAUUCAAAAAUGGCAUUCUUUCGAAAACGGCGAGGUAGUCACGUUUCAGAGACCUCUGUUUUCGCUGUCCAGGACUGUUGCACAGAUCCGUGAGCUGCAACAUGUUUCUGUACCUGUUCCUGGCGAGAUUACAGAAGUGUCAGUGAACUACAAGAAUAUCCUCUCAGACGUCCCUUACUCUAAGGAAGUUGUGCAGGACUGUAUGCAGGAGACCCUGAACUUUUUCUACUUCAUCCUAAAAAACAGAGAAGACACGGACUUCAUUUUAAAUGACGUUGGCACUCUUGCUAUCCGGGGAAGAGAAGUGACAAUGGCAUUUUGUGAAGACUUUUUACUAAGCCUCAACAAGUCUACAUGCAUAGUAGAGAAGUUGCUCACAAAGAAGUGGGUCAUAUCAGACAAAGAAGUCACUCUUUCUCCGAGCCAUUUUGGCCAUGUCCACCAGCUUCCACAGUUUGAGACUAGGGCAGUGCCUCGAAGAACUCCUCCCACAGACAAAGAGAUAAUUACAGAAUUUGAGAAUGCUUUGAGCAGCUUGGGAUUAAGAGCAGCUGUUCAUCACACACUGCAGCGUCUGCGAAGGGGCAUUUCUCUAGACAGCUUAGCCAGAGUUAAGCUGGAGGAAGAAGCGCAGGAGAAAACAGAGGGAGAAGGACCUCAUGGCAGACUGUUGCCACAAUGUGCAGGCACAGAAGGAAGGCUGCACAAAGAAACUCCUUUUGAGAGCCCUGAAUUGCCAUUGCCUGCUUCCGAAGAACACAGGCAGACAGGACAGCUGCCCCAGGAAGAAGAUAGCCUCACCUUCCCAGAGACCACCUCCAAUUCAGAAGAGGGUCUACAAAUGGUGGAGGCUUGGAUUCAGGCGAGGAGGAAGUUUCGAACUGAGCUGGAAGGCUUAGGGGACAUUGAAAAAUGGCUGACUCAUAAACCUUCCCUCAGCAAGCAAGAAGAAAGAUGCUGGCAAAGAAUAAAGGCACACAGAGCAGACAGGAAGGCUGCUGUCAAAUCACCCGUGACUGACAGCCUGGAUGUAAGUACGGAAAGCAGCCAGCCCCAGAAGAAGGGUAGAAUUCCCCUUAUUUGUGCACCAUAUCCCCAGGCUCUUGUCACGCUGCAUAACCUCCUGCACAAACAGAAGCUGAGGAUGGUGGACGUAUUCAAGAAGGCUGGUAUGGAGGGGAGGAAGAUCAAGAGAGCAGACUUCAUCAAAGUCAUCAAGGAGACCAAAGUUCCCAUCAGCGACAAGGAUCUGGAGGACGUGGUCAUCUUCUUGACUUCCUCAAAACCGGGGAAUUUUAUAAGCCCCGAAGAUCUGAUUGACUGUCAAAAGCAGUGGCUGGAAAUGAGGAAAGGACAAUCCCAAGAGACCAGAACAGAGGCUCAGUUCUGGAAAGCCACCUGCAAAACUGCCACUUGUCCACCUUCUGCUGGGGACACAGUGAAACAGAUGGCUCCUACCAAGCCCAAAAGAAAGUUAAUACACUUGGAAGUUCCACCAGUCAACACUGAGCCAGAACGACGACAUCUGAGCUAUGAUGAAAUGGAAGAGGUUGGAAAACUUGUAAGAGAGAGGAGACGGUGGAAGAAGAAUAAAGACAGCCCGAUAGAAAAGAAAGAAAAGUGCCGGAUGGUGAGAUCUGGGGAUGGCCCUGUUGAUAAGCACUGUCUGCCAUCAACUGUGGAUGCUGACUUGGGAGAACUGGUUGACCGAUAUCGCAGGAGUGCCUUCAUGAGCUAUGUGAAGAGCUCCGAGCUGUGCAAAGAGCGCAGUGUUCACAUCACCGAGCCAACGCUGCAGAAAGGCCUGCUGCAUCCAGGAGACAGGAUCAUCAAGGAGGGAGAAGACCUAAGGAAGAUCAGGCAGCCUGGAGGAUACUACAGCACAGGACGUGAUGGUGCUCUAUCACCUGGGAGCACCUCCAGAUCAGGAACUGCAUCUGGAAGCCAGGCUGAGCAGGCAGAAAAUAGGCAUCUUCAGAGGAAUAAGAUGCAAAAGUCAAGUGACAAUAAGUUCUGGCCAGGUCAUCUCCUGGACAAGCUAUGCCUUUACUUUCCUGAAAAGAAGCAUGACAGGGCACAUGCCUUGUUCAGUUAUGUUCAUCCAACCAAGCCUGUCUACCGUCAUAUCUAA